AUGCAGUCAAAACAAUUGGCUGACGUUUUUUCUCUUCUCCCCCAGUUCUUCUUUGAUGUGUCUGGACUUCGAGACUCAGUCCUGAUCUCCUUGCAGCAGGAAGACACCCGUCAGCUCCGGGGGUCUGGCUCUGGGGGGCACAACCUCCCCAUUGGCUUCGAGCUCUUCAGCGUGGAGCAGAACCGGACUUGGCGCCUGCAUCGCAUCCCGCCCCGAAUGGCUGGCUCCACCUACAUCAACUCCCGCAGUGUCCUGCUCCGGGCGGAGGUGCCCGGGGGUCGCUACGCCCUCCUGCCCACGACCUUCGACCCCGGCCAGAGCAGCGCCUUCCUCCUGCGGAUCUACAGCGAGCGCCCAGCCAGGCUGCGGGCCAUCAACCGCAAUGACCCCCCACUUCCACGCUGCAGCUGCUGCUCCGGAUCCCACCAGCUCAUCACCUCCGUCUGGGUUCAUCGGGCCGUGGGGCUGGCGCUCCCCAACUCCAGCAAAGCCCCAGAUGUCUACGUGAAGCUCUGCGCCGAAGGGCAGGCGGUGCGAUCCUGCCUCCACAAGGCCACCUCCAGCCCCGACUUCAACUUCAAGGCCGUCUUCUGCCGCCGGCGCCCGCGGAAGCCCAUCCGCAUCGAGGUGUGGGCCAGGCGGUUCCUGCGCAGCACCCGGCUGGGGUACGUCAAAGUCUUGGCUGCGGAGAUGCCCCCAGACGCUGGCAGCGGGCAGGUGCUGCGGCUGCAAGGGGGACCCCCUGCCUGCCCUCCGGGCUCCAUCCUCGUGGAGACCUCCACCAGCUCAGACCUCCUGGCUCUGUGAGCUCGGCCAAGGAGCCCUCUGUGGGUGCCAGGGAGUGCAUUGGGUGACCGCCUAGGGGUGGGCGCACCCUUUCCCCGGAGGCCCCCUCUCCCGAAGAACGUGGAGCUGUCGGCACACAGGCAAGGACCACCGUCCUUCUGCUCAAAACGAAGGAGCCGUACUGCUUGUUGUCAUUUAUUUCUGCAGAAGUUUUUUGAAAUAUUUCAUUUUAUAACAUGUACAUAAAACGGAGAGAACGGUUGCAGCAGCCGUGGGAAACGAAAUGGUAAAAGGGGCACAUGGGACGCGUCUGGUUGCGCACGGGUGGAAAUGGAAGGAAAUUCUUGCCGUGGAUUUCUGUCCUGACGAGGUCCAAGGAAAGGCAGUUGAUUGUCAAGUCCAGUUACCGGGACUUGUCCACCACCUUCCGAGGGAGACUGUUCCCCUCUUGGAUGCCGCAAACGGAAAAGGGAAACUAUAAACAUUGACAAAACCUCUCUUUGCUGGGCACCAGGAAUGUAGCCAUGAAGCUUUGAGCUUCUGGAACUUCUAUUUGCUGCUUUCAAAUGCUGGUGGAGAAUUGUGGCGCACUUCAAAUUUUAUAUUCUGCUUUAAUAAAGUCUUCUAAACCCAGCAGGAUCUGUAAAAACCCAGCUACACCUACAGUGUACAGAGUAGAAAAUUAACAGAGUUUGAACCUAGGGAGGAUGUUGGCUUUGUGGCUGGGAGGCUGGAGAGCGGCUGGCUGGGGGCAGGGUAACCCCCCCCCCGGAAAGAGCAGGUUUUUGGGGUGCUCAUGGACCCCUCUCUGUCACGCUCAAGAACCCUCCAUGGCUAGGAGCACAUUUUCCCAGCUACAGCUGCUGUUAUAAGAAUUUUCCAUCAAUCAAUCAAUAUACUUUAUUCGACCGAUAGUCAGAAACAAAAAAACAUUUCUCAACACAAAGAUAAACAUAUAAAACUGAAGGCAUCAGAGGGAUACAUAAAAAUAUAAAAAUAUAAGACAGAAGGCAUCAGAGGGAUACAUAAAAAUAUAAAAAUAUAAAACUGAAGGCAUCAGAGGGAUACAUAAAUGGGGUAUGACCGCGCUACUAAACCUCCUACAGGUAACCCACAUCAAGACAUUCGAUUAUACGUUUCCGACACUUGAGCGCCAGGAAGAGGAAUUUAGCCACUGAGAAGGUUAUUUUCCCAGUGGGCUUGUUUAGCAAAUAUGCUGCCUGCCGUUCUCUUGGUCGGGAACUAAACUGAGAUAAAUACGGGUCUAUAAGAUAUUGCCUUAAAUCAUUAUAAAAGGGACAACUCAGUAGAAUGUGUUCUGUGGAUUCUACCUCACCCAAGGCACAAUGGCACAUUCUCUGACCGUAUGGGACUCCUCCAAAUCUUCCCCUCAAAACCGCUGAAUCAAGGACAUUCAGUCUAGCCACAGUAAUUAGUAUUCCACGUAGUGGAUAUCCGCCAGGUAACGGGCUGGUGCAGACCGAUACACCUGCUCCCCUAAAAACAUCCCAGAUUUCACGCGGGCUAUGUCCUCCUGUCUGGCGAUAUCCCCCAAUCUCUGAGCGAUCACCACUUUAGCACGGCUGUACGUCAUGGACUCAAUAUAAAGGGAGGACAGACCGCACUUUUGCACUUCCUCUACCACUUCCCUUUCCCAUGGAGAUUUAAAAUUAUCCCAAGAAUCAGGGGGGCCAAACCCAUUGGUCUGAAACAUAGUUUGAGCCAUAGCCAUAAUUUCGCUUUCAGGGCCACAUACCUAAAGGCUUGGCAACCGGUCUCCAAUCUCAUGAUCGCACCCGCAACAGAAGGGGGGAUCCUGACAAUGGCCCCUUAUAAGAAUUUUAAGGUCCCAAAUAUAAAAUAAAUGUUCAUAAAUGUACUGUACAACACAUAAUAAUAAUAAUAAUAAUAAUAAUAAUAAUAAUAAUAAUAAUAAUAAUGUCUGCUCACAAAUCAUCCUGCUCACAAAUCAUCCUGGCUAAUUCUGCACACUCUACCAUCUGUUUGCCAUUCCUCGAUAGUCGGCAGAUCUUGAUGUUUCAUCCUUGAAACUCUGACCGGCAUUGUCACAUACAGAAAGUUUUUCGUCUUCUUUUGGUAUCUCCUCCCCAAGCAUUCCUAAAAGAAAUGCCUCCAGCCUUUUAGGGAAGGUAUAUCUAGACAUUAUUUUAAGUUCAUUGUAUAUACUGUCCCCAAAUGCCUUUGUUUUAUUACACAGCCACCACAUGUGGCUAUUAUUUUAUUACACAGCCACCACAUGUGGCUAUUAUUUAUUACACAGCCACCACAUGUUUUGAAUUA